AUGUUCUACUAUGCUAACAUAUUCCAAGCCAUGAUGCAUGGGCCUCACCUUGUUUUUGAUUUUUCAUUCGAGGAACAUUUGACUGAGAAGGAAUUGAAAGAUUUAAUGAGACAAAUCUACAACAGCCACGGCAUGAACAAACUUGCAAAAGAACCAUUUCAUUUCCACUUCUGCAGCAUAAAGCAGUCCAGCAGCACCAGUCAAAAGUUGUUGAAGGCAUUUCCCAACAUGGCUGAGAUACCGAUAACAGUCUCGGAGCAGUCGUACCUUGAUUUAUAUCCAAGAGAAAAACUCGUCUACUUGUCUCCAAAUGCAACCGAGGUGAUGGCAAACUUUGACCACGACCUUGUGUACAUCAUUGGGGCAAUUGUCGACAAGGCUGUUGAAACUCCGCUGACGAUGGCGAAAGCAAAAAGGGAAAAGAUUCGAAUGAUGAAGUUUCCUCUUGAUAGAUAUGUGAAGUGGUCCAGUGGUUCGAAAGCCCUCGCCCUCAAUCACGUGGUCGACAUCCUCCUACAUCUUAAAACAUCUCAAAAUUGGAACGAUGCUCUCACGAAGUGCCUGCCAAAAAGAAAAUUCGAUCCAACUGUCAGUGAAAAGAUUUUAGUAAAAAAUAAUAAUAACUUUUUGAAGAAGAAAACAAAUGGAUAUGGCAGUUACGUGAAAAGGGCAUACCCUUCUUUAUCUAAAGACACGGACACAUAA